UCCUUUCUUUUUUUUUUUCGUUGUUAAAAAUGGCUGAUAUUUAUCUUGAUCCUGAAUUCAAAGAUUUAAAACUAGAACAGGUAGCUCUUUUAAAUCUCGAAAAUAGUAAAACAAGAGAAAAGUAUUUGACUGCUGCCACAAAGACUGAGGCUUCUCAACAAUCCAACUUGAAUAAUCCUCGAGAUUAUCAAUAUGAAAUAUUCAAAAAAGCUAUCGUCGAAAAUGUUAUUGCUGUUUUAGAUACAGGAGCGGGAAAAACUUUGAUUUCUGUUAUGCUCAUUAAGCACAUGUUAUCCAUUGAAAAUGAAAAACAGUGUGAAAACAAGGAUUAUAAAAAAAAAAUUACAUUUUUCAUUGUUGAUCGUGUUCCAUUAGUUUUCCAACAAGGUGGUGUGAUUAAAGCAAAUUGCGAUGCUAAUAUAAAAGAGCUGUGUGGUGAAAUGAAUGUAGACUCUUGGGAUAAAGAAAUGUGGAGAGAAAUUUUCGAGAAUAAUGAUAUUUGUAUUUUAACUGCUCAGAUUUAUUUGGAUGUCUUGCGUAGAAGUUUUCUUACAUUAGAUGAAGUUAACUUGAUGAUAUUUGAUGAAUGUCAUCAUGCAGUGAAAGGCCAUCCAUUCAAUCUUAUUAUGUAUGAAUUUUAUCACCAAUGGCGUUUAAAACCUAAAAUUUUUAGUAUGACAGCUUCACCUAUAUGCUCCUCAUCAAAGAAAAUUUUUAAUAGCAUCAUUAUCCUGGAAACAAAUCUUAAUUGUAAGGUCUAUACUGCAAUAAAUACACCUAGUCUACAACUUGCUGCCAACAAACCAUUGGAAUCUAUUGUUUAUUAUUCCAUGAUGCCUAUUCGUGACGCAUCUUCUUCAUAUAGGCUAUACUCGAAACAAAAAUAUAUAGAAUACGAUAUGUCUCAAUAUUAUUUUCCGUUUCGUUAUAAACAACGUUCACAAUUAACUACACUUAUUAUGAAUAAAAUAGAGUAUAUUCACGGAUUUAACUAUUUAUUGAAUAUGAGUGACUAUAUUUCAGAUUAUUUAGGUCCUUGGUGUUCUGAUAGAUUAUGGAAAGUGUUACUAUAUGACUGUAUACGCCGCAAUGAUUUUGUCAUUCCUACAAGCGCUAAUCGUUAUACUAGUGGUUGCCAAUUUAGUAAAAAAGAUAGGGAUGCAUUGGAGGAGGCUUAUUCCAUCUGCCUCCAACAGGAUCAAAAUAUCGUUUGUCAACCUGAUAUCAAUGAUGCGUGUCUCUUUACACCAAAGGCAAAGGCUUUAAUUGAAUGUUUAAGACGUAUAGUCUCUCAACAAGAUCAUGAAGGGUUUUUUGGCAUUAUAUUUGUUGAACGUCGUUACACAGCGAUGUCUAUUAAAUUACUUAUCGAGCAUUUUAUCGAGUUUAAAGAUAGUAUUCAAAGUGAUAUAUUAAUUGGUCAUGGCUCGGAUAGUAUAAAGGAAUUGGGACAAAAAUACACUGAACAAAACAGAAUAAUUGCAAAAUUCAAAAGGGGUGAAAUAAACCUGCUAAUAGCAACAAAUAUAGCAGAAGAAGGUCUUGAUAUUCAAUCAUGUAAUUAUGUUAUUAGAUUUGAUAUGUUCACGACUUUAAUUGCAUAUAUUCAGUCAAGGGGACGUGCAAGAAAGAUGAAUUCAAAGUAUAUCAUGUUAGUCAACCAGCUUGAUCCGAAAGAAAUAAAUUUAUUUCAAAGGACUACAGUAGCUGAAAAUCAAAUGAAGGAAUUUUGUUUAUCUUUACCAGCGAAUAGAAACCUUGCCCUCCAAUUUGAUUUAGAUGAAGACCUUCCAAAAAAAAUCAAAGAAGAGAUGAAUAAAACAUAUUUGGCUGAUGCUUACCGAGUCCCUAGCACAGGUGCACUCUUGACGAUAUCAAAUGCAAUUUCCUUGAUAUACCAAUAUUGUGAUUCCUUACCGUCUGACAUUUUUUGUAACUUGAAGCCUAUUUACAAGUUUAUCUCACUUAAUCAAUCGCAGGUGGAAUGCGUAUUAACUCUUCCUAUCAAUGCUAAUUUUAAGACACAUUAUAGCUGUAUAGAUAUAUCUCGAGAUGAAGCUAAAGCAAAAGUGUCCUUAGAGGUAUGUAUUGCACUUCAUCUCUCUGGUGAAAUUGAUGACAAUCUGGUACCCAAAUCAAAGACCUUUAAAAAAAGAAAGAUAAUAGAAGAAAGAAAUGAAGAUUACGAGAUGAUGAUGGUGACGACGACGACGACGGAUGAUAGAUUACUAGAAAAACAAAAUCAAGAAGCAUUUUACGAGAAAAGACAUCCAACCUUUUGGUUUACCGACACGGGUUCAGAUCAUAAUUCAGAAAAAUUUUGGAUAUCCUUAAUAGACUUUAAUACUUUACAAGAUCUAGACGGUAUCAGCGUUAGACCCAUGUGUUUGAUUACAAGAAAGCCUUUACCUUUUAUCCCAGACAUCGUAUUGUACAAUAAUAAUGUCCAGUUUAAGGUCUCUAUUAAAAGUCAACCCCAGUCUUUCGUCUUUGACUCUAAUGAACACAUUGAAAUCUUAAAAAACUAUCUUUUUUUAUUUGUAAAAUCCGUCACUAACAAAGAAUUUUCCUGCACUGAAGACAUUGCCUACUUUUUGGCACCUCUAUAUAAAAACAUAAAUCAAUCAUCAAGCUUAUUACAAGAUAAUAUUGAUUGGAAAGAAAUCGAAAAGACAAUUAAUCAUGAUGGAAGACAGUACCUUUCUUUCACUCAUCUAGAGACGAACUAUGAUGAUGCCAUUGUGAUUGAUUCUAACAAUCGGCAUCAUUAUUUUGUAAAAGGGAUUCAUACUGACAUGAAUCCAUUAUCAAAGAUCUGUGUAAACCCCAAUGAUUCUGAACUGAAUGAGACUCAAUGCUCUGAAGAUAGUUAUGAAACUUAUCUCGAGUAUUAUCAAAAUCAGCCCCAUUCUACUAUGACCACAAAGACUGUUAUUUCGGAUAUGAAUCAACCUUUAUUAUGUGUUGAAAGAGCGAAAAAAAGCAAAUUAUUUUCCUUGGUUAAAAAAAUGAAUGAUGAUCACAAGGAGGAACAGCUAAAGAAAGAAGAAUCAGGUACUAUUUGGCUGGCUCCUGAAAUAUGCCAACUCUAUCCUGUCAGUGCUAGUGUAUACCAAGCAUCAAGAAUAAUACCAAGUGUUAUUUCACAAUUAGAUGCAACUUUACUUUUCUAUGAUGCUAAAGAAAGCUUAUGCCUUUCAAAUAAAAUUAAUAUAGAAUUGAUAUUUGAAGCUUUCACAACCACAUCAUCACAUGCUAGUAAAGAUUACCAACGGUUAGAAUUCCUUGGAGACUCUGUACUUAAAUUUAUCGCUUCUACAAAAACAUUUGUACAGUAUCCUUCAAGUAGAGAAGAUGAAUUAAGUGAAAUUCGGACAAGGAUGGUUAGCAAUAAGACACUUUUUAAAUUAGCCAUACAAUUGAAGUUAUAUCAUUACAUCCAUAGUCAAAAUAUAGCUUAUCGAAUGUGGAGACCGUUUCAAUUUGUUAGCCCUACAGAUAGUCCAGAAAUAGUCAAGACACUUCAUUUCCAUAAGCUUUCAGAGAAGACACUAGCAGAUGUAAUUGAGUCCACUUUAGGAGCUGCUUAUGUAAGUUCCAACAAUUAUGAUAUUCAGGAGGUACUCUAUACAGCUCGUCAGCUUUUGAUACCAUUAGAUCCUAUUGUAGAUUGGAAGGAUUUUUUGACAACGUAUACAGAUCGAAGAAAGGAAUAUGAUAUACAGUCUUUAUAUAAUCCAUCUUUAAGAGAAGUAGAUAUCGAACGAGUCUCUCAUAUUAUCGGUUACUCAUUUACAGAUGAAUCCCUCAUUGUUGAAGCAUUGACACAUGCCAGCAUAAUCACCUCAAGCGUGCCCUGUUACCAACGGUUAGAAUUCUUGGGUGAUGCAGUGCUUGAUUUAUGUGUGACUCGAUACCUUUUUAAGAAAUACCCGGCAGCAACGCCCAACAAGCUUCAUAAUCUUCGAAAAUCGUGUGUAAACAAUGAAAUAUUAAGUACACUUUGUAUACAAUUAAGGUUACAACAUCAUAUUCGACACUUCUCAUCUCGACUUAUUACAGCGAUUCAAAAUUUUGAAAUGACUUUAACCGAAAACAUCCACGGUGGCAGUGGCGAAUUCUGGCUUCAUUCCAACCCACCCAAGGUGUUAUCGGAUGUGAUAGAGAGCUUAAUAGGCGCUGUCUAUGUUGAUAGUGGAUUUGACUUGAAAAAAGUAGAAGAGUUAUUUGAAAGAUGGUUAAAACCUUUAUUAGAUCAACACAUCUCUCCAGAGACUAUUCAAGUUCAUCCUUUAAGUCAAUUCAAAGAGUACAUACAAGAAUAUGGUUGUAUGAAAUGUGAAAUAAAAAAUAUAACUACACCUAUCAUCGGUCCUACUUUACAAAAAUGUGUCAUUUUUAUUCAUACUAUUUCUUUUGCUAGUGGAGCAGGAUUUAAUACUCGUGAAGCAAGAAAACAGGCAGCUAAGAGGGCUUACCAACGAUUGUUAGAUCAUCCCAACCUAUUAAAAUCCAUGUGUGAUUGUAGAUAACCUGUUUCUGAUUGAACUUGAUGAAAUAAAUAAAUAAAUAAAUAAAAUAAUAAAAAAAAAGGCAGAUUCCCGUUU